AACUGUUUUUUUUUCUUUCUUUCUCCUCCCUCUCUCUCUUUUUCUUCAUAUAUUCAUAAUGGUUAACAGUGCUGUUGCAAAUGUUGGACGUUGGUCUGCUUUAGCCUUCGGUCUCUUUUACGGUUACACCCACAACAUCUCUUUGCAAAAGCAAGCUGAACAAAAAAAGGCCGAAAACGAAUAUCACCGUAAGGAACUUUUGAUUGAACAAGCCAGACUUGCAUAUGCCAAGAAGCAAGCUGGUCAAGUUGAAACUCCUGCAACAGCUGUUACAUUCGAUAUUGAAAGCCCUGACUUUGAUUUAGAAAAGUACAUUGAACAUAUUGAAAAGGAAAGCAACUAAAAAGGCAUUUUAAAUAAAUAUGACAUAUCACCCAAGAUCAACACAAUACAUCAACUGGAAUAAAAAAAAAAAAAAAAAAAACUAAACAUAUCAGCAUGUAUGUUGAAGGACAAUGAAUUCUAUAAUCAAAAGCAAGAGAACGUGUAUAAACAACAAAGGUUUUCAUUGUGCUAAAUUAGGUGGACGUGUUUAGGAAGAGUAAAGGGGGGUUUUUUUUCUAUGAUUAUUUAUCUCUCUCUCUUUUGCUUUUUUUUAUUUUUAUUUUUUCU